UUAGAGGCGGGAAUUUGUUUGUCCCAAGUCUUUUGCAAAAUGUGCAAACUCUACACACAAUUUAAAGCGAAAGCUCAAGACUUACAUUCCGAGCAGGACUUUUCUGACUCGCUGUACUUUUAAACAUCGGCUAGUAAUAACCUAGUCCAUCCUGAGGAAGUCAAUAGCAGCAGUGAGCUAAACACAGUGAUUUAGAGCAUCUUUAAAACUUCACCUAUUUGUCCGACCUGGGAAUCCCUCCACCACCUCCUUCAUCCUCCCCGCUCCCUCCCCUCCCUCCUCCUGCGAGCCACCCCGUCCACCGACAGCGGCGCUUCCCGUGACGCCUCGAACGGAAUCAGAUUCGGACACAUGCGCUCUCACAUCAGGUCCCUGCCCCCUGAUACUCGGCAGCAGCAGCGGGGUUACUUUCCGUAUACCGUCGAGCUCCAGCGCUGAUGGGAACCUCGGGGUCUUGGACAUAUCGGUGUGCAUAGCCUACUUAUCCAGCUGAGCAGCAGUUAUUAACAGGAGGCUGUCAGAGCUCUUCCCGGACAAUACCAUGAAGUUAGAAGUCCUUCUUCUCCUCCUGUUGGGUUUUUGCAAGCUGUCCCCCGCCAAGAUUGCCGCUCCAAAUGAGUUCGUGUCCUUGGCGGAGAUGGAGGAUGCUUUAUUGAAGAACCUUUUCCAAGGCUAUCAGCGCUGGGUUAGGCCAAUCCAGCGUGCCAAUGACACUGUUAAAGUACGCUUUGGACUCAAGAUCUCUCAGCUGGUCGAUGUGGAUGAGAAAAAUCAACUAAUGACAACUAAUGUUUGGCUGUGGCAGGAAUGGAUUGAUUACAAGCUGCGAUGGAAUCCAGAUAAAUACGGAGGAAUCACCUCCAUCAGAGUUCCUUCAGAAAAUAUCUGGCUCCCAGACAUCGUCCUGUAUGAGAAUGCUGAUGGGCGGUUUGAGGGUUCCCUGAUGACCAAAGCUAUUGUGAAGUACAACGGGGCCAUCACAUGGACACCACCUGCCAGUUACAAGUCUGCCUGCACCAUGGAUGUCACUUUUUUCCCUUUUGAUCGCCAGAACUGCUCCAUGAAGUUUGGGUCCUGGACCUAUGAUGGCAGCAUGGUGGACUUGGUUCUCAUGGACAACCAGGUUGAUCGGAAAGACUUCUUUGAUAACGGGGAGUGGGAGAUACUCAGUGCUACUGGUGCCAAAGGAAACAGAAAAGAUGGCUUGUUAUCCUAUCCCUUCAUCACAUACUCCUUCAUCCUGAAGAGGUUGCCCUUGUUCUACACGCUGUUCCUAAUCAUCCCUUGUUUGGGUUUGUCCUUUCUGACCGUCCUGGUCUUUUACCUCCCCUCAGAUGAAGGAGAGAAGCUUUCACUCUCUACCUCCGUCCUAGUGUCACUUACUGUGUUCCUGCUGGUCAUUGAAGAGAUUAUUCCCUCCUCCUCCAAAGUCAUACCCCUGAUUGGAGAGUACCUCCUCUUCAUCAUGAUUUUUGUCACCCUCUCGAUCAUCGUCACUGUCUUUGUCAUCAAUGUCCACCAUCGCUCCUCAGCCACUUACCACCCAAUGUCGCCGUGGGUUCGAAACCUCUUUCUUCAAAAACUGCCCAGAUUGCUGUGCAUGCGAGGGCACACUGACCGCUACCACUACCCAGAGCUGGCUCCCGAAAGCCCUGAGCUGAAGUCUCGCUCUGGAGGUCGGAGAGGCCAGAAGACAAACAGUGGUUCGCACGGACCCACGACUUCUGAUGGGAAGGACGAAGAAGCCUGGGGCGCUAUGUUGGAGAAAGCCAUCUAUUCGGUGCGCUACAUCAGCAGACAUAUCCGUAAAGAGCACUUCAUCCGUGAGGUGGUACAAGACUGGAAGUUUGUGGCCCAGGUGUUAGACAGAAUCUUCCUUUGGGCUUUCCUCACUGUCUCAGUAUUAGGCACCAUCCUUAUCUUCACUCCAGCUCUGCAGAUGUUCAUGAAAAUCCCUCCUCCAACUCCAAGUGAGGAACAAGCUUCAGAGCAGUUACACUGACGAGGCAACUGAUCAUCUGCCUUCAAAGAAAACAUUUUUUAAACAUGGUACCACUGAGCAAGAAGAGCCCACUGCAGGCACUUUUUACAGGGUUUUGUUGACUAUGUGACUCUUUCUGUUAAACCACUGUGUAAAAUAUACAUGCAAAUAAGUCAUCAAGUCACUGUGUCUGUUUAGUCAAUAUCAUAACGUUUCAUCUGAUUAUAUUGGCAUUUUAUUCUGGUUUAAGAUACAUACGACAACAGUAAACAGUAGUGUCACCUGUGUUCAUUUUCAGCUCGCAAAUUGCCAAAAUAAAAAAAACAACAACAAAGAAAUGCUUCAUAAACUCUACACCAAAUGGUAUUUAGCUAUCAAUACACAAGAUUAAGGUAAAACCCCAUAAUUGCCUUAUUUUUUAUGUUUUUAACCAACAUCAUAUUUAAUUUGAUAUUUUUUUCUUGAAAUAAUUUUUUUUCAAAUUCAAAACAAAUUUCUACUCUGGGAAUUGUAAUUAAAUAAAACAUCUAUGAGGGCAUUGUCAAAGCUAUUAUUUAACAGUAGGCUACUUUUUGUAGUAAACUACAAGAAAAAUAAUUUCUGCAUACAGCCUUUAAAGUACCUUAAACAGAGAUCCCACCACCUUGCAAAACGUUUGACUUGAUUUCACACAUUAGGGGAAAUAAAGUAUUAAAGGAAAGAUACUUAACUUACUCUUCCCUGAGUGUUUUUUUUUUCAUGUGACAAGGCAUGAAUAAACCUGAAAUAAAAGUAAUAAACAGUAAAAGUUAGAUGAACUGACUUAUUGCUGAAAAUGAUGGCCCUGAUUUGGCCCUCAGGCUGUAUGUUGAGUAUCACCACACUGAAGCUUAAAAAUUGUGCUGUUCUGUUUCAGUAGCAUUUACUGAUUUGUCAUUUGUGUCGUCCUCAUCAGAUACAUUUUUCUCACAGCAGACAAAGAAUACAUUUAAAGUAACAAAGUGUACUAGAUUAAUGAAAACAACCCAAUAAAAGUUUGUUGUUUUUAUUGUUUCGAUGUACCUAAUUAAACCAAUAAAGCUGGUUUAAAUACACAAGCCUGUUUAAGAUAAUGCUGUUUUUAGACUCGCUUAGAAUCCAGCAAAAAAUGUAUUUGCUCAUCAUGUUGUUUGCAAAAUUUAAGUCACUGCAGUGUCACAUAUGGUAUGACUUAUCCCCCCAAACAGGAUCAUUUUAAUGAUGUAGUUUUGGCUGAAAUCUGAGAAGUAAAAUCUGCAUCUUGCAGCACCACCUGGUGGUAAAUCUCAUUUCGUUUGAUUCUUCGAAUACUGUUGAAUACGUUUUAAUUAAUGGCAUAAAAUCAUUUUAUUUCCAUUAAUAGACAAUCCCAAAACACUAAAGAAGCAAAAUGUUCAGUUCAAUUUACUUUGAUUUUAUUGUAUGAAAUUCUUGCAUCAUUUUUCUACAAUAAUCCAAUAAAUUUGACACAAUUGCUGAAAACAACAUUUUUCCCCAUGCUGAUAUAGGAAAUAAUGGUCACGCUUCGUAACCAAUGAGGCUUAACGAGUAAAAAAGCUGACCAAUUAAUGAGAUUCUAAGACUUUCUGUCCAAAUGUUCCGUUCCUGUCAGGUAGUGUGUUUGAUCGCUAAACCUAGUACAGUUCAGGCAGGCUCUGAAUGGAGAACAUUUUCAGAAACAUCCCAUAUCAA